AUGCUUGGAAGCACGUCAAUGAUGAUGAGAUGUCAUGAUUUAAUGUUAGAAGAUAUAGAAAAAAAAGAGUGUAGGGAAAGAAGUGGGAGUUGUUCAGAUGCAACUAGACUCGAAGUAGCCUACAAUAUUGCAAGAUAUACUAAUACAGUUCAGGCUUUGUCUGAAAUGGAUACUACAAGUGAGAAGAAAAACCAAAAAUUCAUUAGCUGCACUUGUGCAAUUAUGUAA